AUGGCUUCAGCUUUCGAUACCAUCACUAUGGCCCCAACAGACCCGUUAUUUGGGCUGAUGGCGGCCUACAGAGCGGACACUUUCGAGAAGAAGGUCGACCUUGGGAUCGGUGCAUACCGAGACGACAACGCCAAACCAUGGGUUCUUCCUGUCGUCAAGAAGGCCGAAGAAAUAAUCCGCAACGACCCUGCCAAAAACCAUGAAUACUUGCCAAUCGCCGGUUUGGCCUCCUUGACUUCCGCUGCUGCUAAGCUGGUCUUUGGCAAUGACAGCCCUGCUAUCAAUGAGAAGAGAGUUGUCUCCUACCAAACAAUCUCCGGCACCGGUGCUGUUCAUCUCGGCGCUUUGUUCCUCGCAAAAUUCUUCCCCAGACCAGAGAACCAAUCUGUCUACCUCUCGAAACCAACCUGGGCCAACCAUCAUCAGAUCUUCCAGAACGUUGGUCUCCCAAUUGCAGAGUAUCCUUACUUUGCUAGGGAUACCUGUGGUCUGGAUUGGGAAGGCUUGACUGCCUCCCUUCAAAGUGCUACACCUGGGUCGAUAGUCUUGCUCCAUGCAUGUGCCCACAAUCCCACUGGUGUUGAUCCAACCCAGGAACAAUGGAAGGCUAUCGCGGAAAUCAUGAAGGCCAGGAACUUGUUCCCCUUCUUCGAUACUGCAUACCAGGGUUUCGCCUCCGGAGAUCUUUCAAAAGAUGCUUGGGCAAUCCAGUACUUCAUUGAACAAGGAUUUGAGCUCUGUGUCGCCCAAUCAUUUGCGAAGAACUUUGGUCUUUACGGUCAACGUGCUGGAUGUUUCCACUUCGUUGCUGCUCCGGGACCCCAUGCAGAAGAUCUAACUAAAAGAGUUGGUUCACAGCUCGCCAUCCUGACUCGUUCUGAGAUCAGUAACCCGCCAAUCUACGGAGCCAAGAUUGCAUCGACAAUUCUCAAUGAUGAACAAUUGUUCAAAGAAUGGGAGCAGGAUCUGUGCACAAUGAGCGGUAGAAUUAUCGCUAUGCGAAAAGCCCUCCGAGAUAAGCUGGUAGAGCUCGGAACUCCAGGAAACUGGGAUCACAUCACAAGCCAGAUUGGAAUGUUCUCCUUUACCGGCCUGUCAGAACCACAAGUGCUCAAGAUUAGAGAAGAGUUCCAUAUCUACAUGACCAAGAACGGCCGGAUAUCCAUGGCUGGCCUGAAUACCCACAAUGUCGAGUAUGUUGCGACGGCUAUCGACAAGGUCGUUCGCGAGAGUUCUUGA